AUGCUCCUAAAGAAACCAAGGCAAAAAGAGGAAAGUACCAAUGAGAAACUGCGUAGAGUUGCGCGGCACAUCACAAAUAACCAACCAUUUAAUACGUCAGCUAACAUGAAGCAGGUCUUAGAAGAUGUUGUUACCUCGAGCUUUAAGAAGAUAUGUCAAAACACUGGAACCUGGAACGUUUGCCCGCGUGGAAUGACGGGACCUCCUGGGAGAGAUGGACCCAAAGGCGACAAAGGGAACCAAGGGAGGAGGGGUAAAAAAGGAAUGAUGGGACAGCCUGGCAGAAGUGGAAAACAAGGAAUUAUGGGGCCACCAGGAAUAAGAGGAGAAAAAGGAGCGAAAGGCGAUAUUGGUGCACCGGGUAUUCCAGGAUGA